AUGGAAGACAAGCACAUCCUUCUUCCUUAUAUAUCUCCUGAAGUUAAUACAAUGGUUUCAAACACUUAUUGGAGUGGUGUUGAUCCCUCGAUAUUUUUACCUGAAACAACAGAGUCGACUGAGGGCGAGUCUGUGGAGUCCUCCCCCACGCUCUCCCCGACCGAAGCUGUUGAAAGACGAUCCCCCGUGACGACAAUUCAAGAAUACAGCCGCUUGGUUAUUGACUGCAUGAAGAGGGGAAAGAAGAUGAACACCACAGAAGUGGCCCGCACCAUUCUCAGCUCUGUUCGCCCCAAACCUGCUUCUCUGACUGUCAAUAUUCGAAGACGCGUCGGAGAUGCUUUGAGUGUGUUGGCCGCGAUUAACUAUGUGAAGAAGGUUGGCAACGGGUAUAUCUGGAUUCGAGAUAACGGUUCUCAAUGCCACACCGAGUUGGAUAAAAUGAAGAAAGAAGUCAGUCUUCUGGAACUCAAACUAGAGGAGAAAAGACGCAAGCUGCAAGCUCUCAUUGCUCAGAGAAAGCAAAGGCAGAUGGAAACACAACUACAAAACUCCACAUUCACUUCGCCGAUCCCUGAUGAGUGUUCGAUCAGUCUGGACACUCCCUCGGUUCACGAAGAGAGCGAGCCCUCAUUCCAUUCCAUUUCUGUACCUGAAUUUACCUUCUCGGAUCUACCAUCCCUGUGUGAGCCUGAAAGUUGUCUGCCGAACGACGACUUUGCGCUGUUUACACCCCACUUUUCUUCCAUUUCAAGAUCAUCUUCUUUUGGGUUUUUUGGAGAGCUGGAAGACUCGAACUAGUUGAGUUUUGUAGUUUUUCUAUUUUAGUUGGAAC